UAUUCGAAUUGGUGAUGUCGUUUUGGGGCUGUCAUUAUUGCCGCCGAUGGAUCCGCUGCUGGAAUGGGAAUCGUCGUCCCUCCUGCAGGUCUUGAUUUUCAAUUGAUUUCCACUUUCUGAGGUGUGUGCCUGUCGAUGAGUGAUCAGGGGAUGGGUCCCCAUGCAUCUCGUCCUACAAAUGUCCAGCCUGACCCAGGGUUCCCUCCUGGUUGGAACUCUCCUCUCGGCCGUGUACCAUGGAACUUUGACCUGCAGGCACACACAAACACAGACACUCUCUUUCUCCUGCCUUAGCCCGACCGUUGGCCUUUCUUUGCCUAACCGGUCCUAUAUAAUCUCGCCGCCACCCCUCCUGGCACAGUCUCUUUUCUCUUUUCCCUCUCUGUCUUCUGAUCAACCUAUCCAGUCUAUCUUUUGAUAACACUCUUUGUCCUGUGCCGUGCACGGUCAAUCAUACAUUCCUUCUUCACAAUCUUUUUUGACUUUUCUCUUGCUUGACUUGAUUGUCGCAAG